UGAACGUCAUCACAACAGGAAGUGUGAACAUGGCAAUAACAGCCUCAUAAAUCAUUGUGUCCAGCACAGAAACGAGUUGCUGUCCAUCCUGGCUAAUGGAAGACAGCAGAUAACAACACAACCGCAUUAGAAAGAUACAGACCCCACGACCGAGGCUUCCCCCCGAGUUUUACCCCCGUGGUCCGUCCAUCUAUGAUGGAACGGGCGAUGGAGCAGCUCAACGUACAGCUCAGUCGAUUGACCCGGUCUCUUCGCCGGGCCAGGACCGUGGAACUCCCGGAAGUAGGAAACAAGGGGAGUUCUGACAGCGUAGUGUGUCCUGGAUGAGACAAUGAGACAGCGGUGUACACACUCAUGCCAAUGGUCAUGGCAGACCAGCACAGAUCCGUGUCAGAGUUGCUGCUCAACUCCAAGUUUGAUGUGAAUUAUGCUUUUGGACGGGUGAAGAGGAGUCUGCUACACAUCGCAGCCAACUGUGGCUCGGUGGAGUGUCUGGUCCUGCUGCUAAAGAGAGGAGCCAAUCCAAACUAUCAGGACAUCUCAGGCUCCACCCCUGUGCACCUUGCUGCCAGGAAUGGACAGAAGAAGUGUAUGGGGAAACUGUUGGAAUAUAAUGCUGACGUCAAUAUCUGUAACAAUGAAGGCCUGACUGCUAUCCACUGGUUAGCAGUAAAUGGGCGAACAGAGCUCCUGCAUGAUCUGGUCCAGCAUGUGUCCAAUGUGGAUGUUGAAGACGCCAUGGGCCAGACAGCGCUACAUGUAGCCUGUCAAAACGGACACAAAACAACGGUGCUUUGUCUUCUGGAAAGUGGAGCUGACAUUAACCGACCAAACGUCUCUGGAGCAACGCCUCUUUACUUUGCUUGCAGCCAUGGCCAGAGAGACACAGCCCAGAUCCUUCUCUCUCGAGGUGCCAAGUACAUCGCUGACAACAAUGGAAUCACUCCACUGGAUGUCUGUGUGCAGGGAGGAUAUGGAGAAACCUGUGAGAUUCUCAUCCAGCACCACAGCAGGCUGUUCUUGACCCUCAUCCAGAUGACGCAGAAUAAUGACAUUAAAGAGAACAUGCUCAGGCAGGUCCUGGAACAUGUCUCUCAGCAGAGUGAUAGUCAUUACCACAGGAUCCUGACCAGUCUUGCUGAAGUGGCUACCACCAAUGGACACAAGCUUCUCAGCCUGUCUAGCAGUUAUGAAGCGCAGAUGAAGAGUCUGCUGAGAAUUGUUCGUAUUUUCUGCCAUGUGUUCCGCCUGGGGCCUUCAUCACCAAACACUGGCAAUGACAUGGGCUACAAUGGAAACAAGACGCCACGCAGCCAGGUUUUUAAGCCUCUGGAGCUACUGUGGCACUCCCUGGAUGAGUGGCUGGUGCUCAUCUCUACAGAGCUGGAAAGGAAUAGGAAGAACCCAUCUUCCUCCUCCAGCAGCGAUAUAGCCUCUCUGCUUCUGAAACAGCGUGAGUCAGAACAUGCUGGGUCCACGCCAAAGCUUCCCUCCUUGCUGGAUCAUCAGAUUGUCAUCGAAUCGGAGGCGUAUGCUGACGGGGAGGACGUCAUCUCCAUGACAGCCAGUCGACUCAGUGCUGUUAUCCAGGCUUUCUACAUGUGUUGCUCCUGUCAGAUGCCUCAAGGAAUGACAUCACCCCGCUUCAUUGAGUUUGUCUGCAACAAUGAUGAUGUGCUCAAGUGUUUCGUUAUCAGAAAUCCAAAGAUCAUCUUUAACCACUUCCACUUUCUCCUUGAAUGUCCAGAGCUGAUGUCACGCUUCAUGCAUAUCAUUAAAGGCCAGCCCUUUAAGGAUCGGUGUGAGUGGUUCUACGAGCAUCUGUUGGCCGGCCAGCCAGAUUCUGACAUGGUUCAUCGUCCAGUCAAUGAGAAUGAUGUGCUGCUCAUCCACAGAGAUUCCAUAUUUAGGAGUAGCUGUGAGAUGGUUUCAAAGUCCACCAAUGAAAAACUCAAACAAGGCAUUGCUGUUCGUUUCCAUGGCGAGGAGGGUAUGGGCCAAGGUGUAGUUCGGGAGUGGUUUGACAUUCUAUCCAAUGAGAUCAUCAACCCAGACUACGCUCUGUUCACUCAGUCAGCUGAUGGUACAACAUUUCAACCCAACAGCAACUCAUCAGUGAACCCAGACCAUCUGAACUACUUUCGAUUUGCUGGUCAGAUUCUGGGCCUCGCUCUGUACCACCGGCAGCUGGUCAACAUCUACUUCACACGCUCAUUCUACAAACACAUACUCGGUAUCCCAGUGAAUUACCAGGACGUGUCAUCUAUCGAUCCAGAGUAUGCUAAGAAUCUGCAGUGGAUCUUGGACAACGACAUCAGCGAUCUGGGCCUGGAGCUCACCUUCUCAGUAGAGACUGAUGUGUUUGGGGCGAUGGAGGAAGUGCCACUAAAACCUGGAGGGACUAGCAUCCUGGUCACCCAGGACAACAAGGCCGAGUAUGUGCAGCUAGUGACAGAGCUGAGGAUGACACGAGCCAUCCAGCCUCAGAUAAAUGCAUUCCUGCAGGGAUUUCACACCUUCAUCCCCGCCUCGCUCAUUCAGCUCUUUGACGAAUAUGAACUGGAGCUCCUACUAUCAGGGAUGCCAGAGAUUGAUGUGCAGGACUGGUGUAGGAACACUGACUACACCAGUGGAUAUGACGCUCAGGAGCAAGUCAUCCAGUGGUUCUGGGACGUGGUGACGGGCCUGACCCAGGAGGAAAGGGUUCUCUUGCUUCAGUUUGUCACGGGAAGUUCCAGGGUUCCUCAUGGUGGAUUUGCCUACCUGAUGGGUGGGAGCGGUUUACAGAAAUUCACUAUUGCUGCAGUCCCGUACACCUCCAACCUGCUGCCUACCUCGAGUACCUGUAUCAACAUGCUGAAACUUCCAGAAUACCCAAGCAAGGAGGUCCUGAGGGACCGCCUGCUGGUGGCUUUGCACUGUGGGAGCUAUGGCUAUACCAUGGCCUGAGCAUGCUGAAGUGUCUGCAGGUUUGACCGUCUCCAGCCUCCAUCUCCUCCCUCCUCCACAGACGACUCUUUUGCAGUCAGCUGCUUCUUUUGCUGGAUAAACAGGGAAAAUCCAGCAUCUUAAACAGAGAUCCAGAUCUCCCUUCAUGCCUGUGCCAGGAUUUCAUUUUUCGGCUUUCAUUGGAGAGACAGAGAGUGACAGGAAUGCAGAGGGAGAACCUGCAGCAUGCGGUCGCCUGCUCAUCCCGCUGAGCUAAACCAGCACCCAGAAGUUCAUUUUUGGGUGAUUUAUGCAAAUCAUGUAUUUAAUAGAAAGGUUUUUCAUGCAGAUAUUUAUUUAGGAUUAAAACAUUAUUUAGAGGAUACAUUUUCUACUUAAAACACAUACCAACACACAUGUUGUGUUGAGAUUAUAUAUCAAAGUGCAUCAUAAACAUAUCACAUGAACGGUACAAUAUAUGGAAUCACAUUUUGUUUUUGUGCUGUCUCAGGCCUUCAUCAUUCGUUUACUCUUUCUUCUUUGGUCCAUGACUUAAUAAGCCAACACUAGGAUGGCCAUUAACACAGCAACCAACUGCACAAAGUAUCAAAGCUUCAUGUGACUCACGGUUGGGUUGGGUUGGGUUUUUGUCACGUGACAAAAACCCAACCUGAGCAACUAAACAUAAAGUCACAAACACGGAACAACUCUUUAAACAUGUAGAUUUCAGAUGAUGUGUGAACGUCUGACUCCAUGUCCUCUUACAGGCGGCUCCUGCUUUGACAGAUUUGUCCUACGUUGUCAUGGCACCGCUAAAACUGUAUUCAAUAAGAUUUUGUCAUUUAAACCUUCUUUUAGGCUCCUCCCUGAAAGCUGAAACCAAAGUCACCUGGAUGAGUGACGAAACAUUUCUCCCACUGAAAACACUGAUGAUGAUGAUGAUGAUGAUGACAUUUUGAAAGCAGGACUCUUUUUCAGUUUGUUUUGUUAUUGUUGAUACAAAAAUACGUUGAAAGAGAUGGGCAUCGUGCCAUUAAUGUAUCAGUGCUGUAUUUUUCCUAUUUGUAAAGGGAGCAUAUAAAUAAUGUAGAGAUCAUUUAAUCUGUCAUAUUUUUUCAAUUCCAAGCCUGAAAUGUGUUUUUUAUACAGAUACUGGUGUUGCUGAUGUCUCUUACUGAAAUGUAUAUUUUGCUUUGUGAUUUUAUGUAAUGACACUCGGACAUGUUGCCAUUAAGCAGCAGAGGCAAACAUUUGUACUUGGUUUUUUGGGGGGGGGGGUUACCAGCAGGUUGUUCGUGUUUGCUGUAAAUGGCCACAAAAGCUCUGCACUCAGGUCAUCAGUUUAGACCAACAGGUAACUACUGUUUAAAUCCCAUAAACAGGAUCUGCACCGUCAGAUUAGUGCCACCUACUGAAGCUCAAGAGGCAGAAAAUAUCUACCAUUAGCAUUUUUUUUUACAUAGGUGACUGAUUUUAUUAUUUAAAGCCAAGAACCAAUAGAAGCUGGUUUUUGAUCAUAAAUUAAGAAUUUAAGCAGUACUGUAAAAUAUACAUCAUGCUGAGAAUAAGUACAAAUAUUUCUGCAGGAUCCAAGGCUGCAAACAUCUGCGUCCUCCAUCAGUGGAAGAAGUUUGGAACAAAAAAAGAAAGCUCUUAGUUGGGUAGUUAUAUUUGUUUCGGUGUCCUUUCUACUGAAGUGUCGUCCAAUAUUCACACAAUCACUUCUCUGCACUGUGUGGUAGAGUGGCACAUGACAGCCUGCCGACAGUUUGCAAAACACACCUGAGGAAACGAGAUUCUGUGUUCUGAAUACCAAGCCAAACGUGCUUCUACAGUGUUGCACAGUAUUUACAUCCGAAGGUACAUGUGCUUUAUUUGUAAUAAAGUUUCAAGAAUUCCAAGCAAA